GUCUCAAAACAGGAGGUGGCUCCUCGGGUGGCUCAGGGAACACUUUCCACUACACCUUCCAUGGAGACCCCCACGCCACCUUUGCAUCCUUCUUUGGAGGCUCCAACCCAUUUGAUAUCUUCUUUGCUAGUAGCCGCUCCCGAAUGUUCAAUGGCUUUGACCAGGAAGAUAUGGACAUUGAUGACGAUGAUGACCCUUUUGGUGCCUUUGGCCGAUUUGGUUUCGAUGGUAUUAACGGGGUUCACCAGCGGCACCAGGAGUCCCUGCACACGCGGAGGAAGGUCCAAGACCCACCCGUCAUCCAUGAGCUCAAGGUGUCCCUGGAAGAGAUCUACCAUGGCUCCACCAAGAGGAUGAAGAUCACCCGCAGGAGGCUCAACGCCGAUGGCCGGACCAUGCGGACAGAGGAUAAGAUCCUAAACAUUGUCAUCAAAAGGGGGUGGAAGGAGGGAACAAAAAUCACGUUCCCCAAAGAAGGGGAUGCCACCCCGGACAACAUCCCUGCUGACAUCGUCUUCAUCCUCAAGGACAAGCCUCACUCACACUUCAAGAGAGAUGGGACGAACGUGGUCUACACUGCAAACAUCAGUCUUAAAGAGGCCUUGUGUGGCUGCACUGUGAACAUUCCCACUAUCGAUGAGCGGGUGAUCCCACUGCCCUGCAACGACAUCAUCAAGCCGGGCACCGUGAAGAGACUGCGCGGGGAAGGGCUGCCCUUCCCCAAGGCCCCCACCCAGCGAGGAGACUUGAUCGUGGAGUUCAAAAUCCGCUUCCCUGACAGAAUAGCCCCCCAGACGAGACAGAUCCUCAAGCAGCACCUCCCGUGCUCCUAGAGCCCGCGGACUCUUCUCCAAGCAGCAAUACUCCAAACGCACAUGCUACAGCACCCACCUGCGCUGAGCAGUGGUGCCGCAGCACUUUCAAAUGCAAAAAA